AUGACAACUCCAAACCCGUUCCUUCUUGCAGCCGACAACAACCCCACGCUGCUGCCCCUCCUGAGGGAGAGACCAGAACUGGCGUCAUCGCAAGAUGAACACGGCUAUUCCCUCGUUCAUGCUGCUGCCAGUUACAGCCAUCUUGAUCUCCUACGAGCCCUUAUUCGCGAGUUUAAUGUGGACGUGGACCUAAAAGAUGAAGACAACGAGACCGCCUUGUUUGUUGUCGAAACUCAGGACGCUGCUCAAGUCCUUGUCGAAGAACUUGGUGCGGACGUCGGUCACCGAGGACUGGAAGGAUUGACGGCUAGAGAGAAAAUUGAAGCGGAAGGUGACUUUCCCGUGGUUGCGGAGUACCUAUUGAAGAUCGAAGCCAAGCAAGCCGACGAUCCGGCUUCGACUGCAGCGGCUGUCAUGCCUGAAGUUAUCCCCCCGCCUCCAGAGGGUAUGAAAGUUACAGUUGGUACGAUGGACGAGACCGCGGAUAUUCCCGAGGAGAUCGACCAAGAGUUUCGAAGGAGAAUUGAGGAAUUGGCCCAGCGCGACGAUUUCGAUUCACCCCAAGGCCAAGCCGAGCUACGAAGGUUGAUUGAAGACGCUGUGCUGGGCGAGGGUGGCGUCGGCGAUGAACGCAACGUACGAUCGAAGCAGGACUAG